CAUGAAGGCAGACUGAAUACAUGGACUCUCACACGUUGAAGAAUGAUCCUACUCGACUUUCCACUAUACCUCAUGGAAACUUUGAAACGCCGGGGUUCACUAUUUGGAUAUGUUGUUGUGUUUAUGUUUCUAACAACUGUGAGCAAAGGGUCAGCAUGCAAUGCUCCUUCCACUCCUCAGUGCUUCGAAAAUAAAGCUGACGAGUUUUACAUCUGUGAAUGGAGCAUGAAUACGAUGGAGAGCAAUGUGACGUUUGACCUUUACAUCAAAAAAAAAAGAUUUAGGAACAUUAAGACGACCUGGUCAAAGGUCCACAGGGAUCAGCUUAACCUGUUUGCUCCUGUUGACCUUUGGGUGGAAGCUCACGUAGGAAACUCCAGCUGUACGUCAACCAAGAAGUCGGUUAUACUGUCGAACACAGUUAAAUAUGAAGCACCACAAAAAAUUUCCAUGUCCUGGUUAAAAAACGACCUCAAAGUAAGAUGGACAGCAGUAGAGAAGCAUCCAGCUUUAGCCGAUGUCCGGUUCCGACGACAUGAUGAACACUGCACAGAAUUAUGGGAGAACAGAACAACAAACACCACCGUUGAGUCUUCUAUGUACCAGGUUAUUGUUCCGAAUCUGUCAAAGCAUUCAGCUUACCAGGUUCAAAUCAGACAUCGGUCCACUCAGGCCCAUAACCCGCUGUGGAGCAACUGGUCUCCAGUUGUGAUGGUUCCCGCAGAGCUUGAACAAAUGCCUGGAGUCACUGUGACAACAACACUUAUAAAUGGCACGCGAAAGGUGACGAUAACGUGGAAGCCAAUGCCACAGGCCGCAUUUGUCGCAGGAGUGAAUUACACCCUGAAAAACACGCAGUCUUCUCAUGGAUGUCCUUGUGUGGAAAAGACACAUCACUUCAAAUGGAAUAAAUACACUACUUAUGUCUCCUACUCUGCUGCCAACAUCUCUGUUAUUGCCAGAAACGCAGCAGGGUAUUCUCCUCCAGCAAUCAUACAAGUACCAGCCGUACCUGCUGCGGAUUUAAAAAACAGACACUUGUAUUAG